UCGCGUUAGUAAGCGUCCUGUGUGCGAUCAUGUCACGUAGCGGCACUUAUUCCUUUAUUCUGAGAUGCGCCGGUCUGGCGCUCAUCGCCACGAUCGUCGCGGCUGAAGAAACAUGUGACGAGACGAAGUGCGCGGGCCCGUUGAAGUAUUACAAAUCGUUGGGCUGCCAACCGGUGUACGAAAAGAAAGGUGACUGUUGCGCGAUAAGGUACAACUGUGAUCAUCUGAAGGAGCGAUCCAAGGACAAGUGUUACGCCAACGGCAAGGCUUACGACAUCGAUGAACAUUUAAAGGAGGAAGAUGCGAAUUCUUGCGACUUCGGUUGCAUUUGCACGAGAGGACACGAUGAAUUUGCCACUUUCAGUUGCCCUACCAUCGACUGUUACCACGGACAUGUAGAGCCUGGUUGCUACCUGAAGUACUCCCCGACCAAAUGUUGUCCUGAACUGGCCUGUCCAGAGAAUCCGGAAACGAAAGCGACCUGCGUGGUGGAUGGUAAGACUUACCUUGAAGGGGAGCCUUUCGAAGUAGCGAACGACCCAGAAUUGACCUGUGUUUGCCUACCGGGAUACACAGGUGAAAAUAUCGCGCCCUUCUGCGCGAAACGCCCACGCUGCGAUCCUUACUUACGCCACGUGGCCUACGUUCAACGGUGUGCACCGGUUUAUCUCAGCGAACAGACGCCUCGAACUGCUUGCAAUUUCCUUUACAGAUGCCCGCACGAAAACGACGAAGUCAUUCACACCCACGAAUCCCACGAGAUACCCGAAGAGGAAUGUCAUUUCGGCAAUUUGACGCUACAUCAUUACGACGAACUGAAUCGGAGCUCAAAGUCCACGAGCAUGUGUACUAAGUGCGUAUGCGAGGUGCCACCUGCGAUUACCUGCGUGCGGUUACCGGCCGACGAAUGCAACAAGUAAUGAAUCACUCGCUGUCUCGUCGCUGAUUAAUCGUCGUAAUUAUAUAUGCUACAUAUGUUAUAAUCAGUUUUAUCGUGUGCACCCGAAUCGAAAUUUUAUUCCCACAUUAAGUACACUUGGUUCUACGUUAAGUCUUCAACUGGAGAAAACGAGAAUGACUUCCCGUUUGUGGCAGCAGAGGAGCACAACGGAGGAUCUAAUGAAGACUUAAUGUAGAACCAAGUAGACUUAAUGUAGAACUAAAAUUUCGACUCGGAUGCCGUGGCUCGACGUAAUAUUGUAUCGUGUGAAAUAGAAGGGAUCGUGCAAAAUAAGAGAAUUCCUCAUUGUAUGAGGAGUUACACGAGGAACACGCUGUAACACUGAAGGUAACAUGGAAAUACACUCUGUUACGUCAAUUAUCAA